GCGGGGGCGAGGAAGCUGCAGCCGGAGCCGCCGGGGGAGCGGAGCCCGGGACACCCCGGCAGUGACCUUAUGAAUUACUGAAGUCCAUUCAAAACCAACAAUGCCAAGGAGCUGGUGACAUCCCUGUUGCAGCUAUGGAUUUGGAUAGAUCCUCUGUCUGGGGAUCCCUGAAACAGAAAACCAGGCCUUUGUUACAAAACUUCAACAUAAAGAUGAUAAAGAAAAGCUCUAGAAAAAUGGUGGCUAGAAGGCAAAGGCAUUCCUUGGACCGACGCCUCAGCGUAUCUGUGCCCGACAUACUGGAGAGUGAGUCUUUCACAGGCGAAGAAACUACUUAUUCAGGUUCCCAGGCCCUGUCCACCUUUAUCCCCAGCACUCUUUCCAGCUCGGUCAUGUCUCUCAAGAGCAGCAGCACUUCUUUGAAACGGGCAGGAGAGGACCUGCAAUGGAGACAGCAGGAGGCUGUGCACACGGAGAUCAACAUAACUGAAACAGAAACGGAAGUCAUGUGUGGAUCAGAACCCAGGCGGAAAUCCAGCAUUGACCUCUUAGCAUUGCUUCAGAGAGCUCGCCUGAGUGGUAAUCUGACAGAAGAAAUGACUGAGCAUCCAUGUGAAGGGAUAGAUCUAGAAUCUUCAAUGUCCUCUCAACUUUUUGAUGAACAAAUUCCUCUUGAGGAAGGAAAUGACUGUUUGAGCAGCUUGUCAAGCUCCUUUGCUUACCUACUGACAAUACACCUGAAAGAAGGCCGGAACCUGGUCAUUAGGGAUCGCUGCGGUACAAGUGAUCCAUAUGUGAAAUUUAAAUUGAAUGGAAAAACUCUAUACAAAAGUAAGGUCAUCUACAAAAACCUAAAUCCAGUUUGGGAUGAAACUGUUGUGUUGCCAAUACGGACUCUUGAUCAGAAGCUCCGGGUCAAGGUAUAUGAUCGAGAUUUAGCCUCCUCUGACUUCAUGGGAUCUGCAUUUGUGGUGCUCAGCAACCUUGAGCUCAACAGAACUACUGAACAGAUUUUAAAAUUGGAAGAUACAAACAGUAUAGAAGAUGACAUGGGAGAGAUUGUGUUAAACUUGAAUCUAACAGUCAAGCAAGGAGACUUCAAGAGAACUAGGUGGUCAAAUCGGAAGAAACAAACUUCAUCCAAGUCAAGUUUCAUACGAAAUAUCCGACUGUCUGAAUACAUGCGAAAGAAUGAAAUAUGGAAUGGAAUUGUAACGAUCACUUUAUUGGAAGGGAAGAAUAUCCCAGGAGGGGGCAUGAUACAGAUUUUUGUCCUGUUAAAACUGGGAGAUCAAAAAUAUAAAAGUAAGACACUGUGUAAGAGUGCAAAUCCUCAGUGGAGGGAACAGUUUGAUUUUCACUACUUCUCUGACAGGAAGGAUAUGUUGGACAUUGAGGUCUGGGGAGAGGAUAACAAAAAGCGUGAGGAGCUUUUGGGAAUGUGUAAAGUGGAUAUUACUGCACUACCUAGCAAGCAGACCAAUGUUCUAGAACUGCCAGUGGAGAAGCAUCUGGGGUCUCUGCUUAUGCUAAUUGCUGUUACCCCCUGUUCAGGAGUGUCUAUCUCUGAUCUGUGUGUCUGCCCCUUGGGAGACCCCAGUGAAAGGAAACAGAUUUCCCAGCGCUAUUGUAUAAAGAACUCCCUUCAGGACAUGAAGGACAUAGGCUUCUUACAGGUCAAAGUUUUAAAGGCAGUCAACCUGUUGGCAGCAGAUUUUUCAGGUAAAAGUGACCCUUUCUGUGUGUUAGAGUUGGGCAACGUCAGACUUCAGACCCACACAGUUUACAAAAACCUCAACCCAGAGUGGAACAAAGUUUUCACCUUCCCUAUUAAAGAUAUCCACGAUGUUCUUGAAGUGACAGUGUUUGAUGAAGAUGGAGAUAAACCCCCUGAUUUUCUUGGAAAAGUUGCUAUCCCAUUGCUGUCUAUUAGAAAUGGACAGCAAUGUUGUUAUACAUUGAAGAAUAAAGACCUGGAACUUGCUUCAAAAGGAGUAGUUUGCUUGGAGUUGGAUGUCGUAUUUAAUCCAGUAAAAGCAAGUAUCAGAACCUUCAAGCCACGAGAAAAGCGCUUCAUUGGAGACAACCGCAAGUUUUCAAAGAAGAUCUUAUCGAGAAAUGUUGAUCGUGUGAAAAAAAUCACCAUGGCGAUAUGGAAUACAAUACAAUUCCUAAGGAGCUGCUUUCUCUGGGAAUCUACACUAAGGAGUGUGGUAGCAUUUGUGGUAUUUGUGGUCACUGUUUGGCACAUAGAGCUUUACAUGGUGCCUCUGGCUUUGUUGCUGCUCUUUGUUUACAACUUUUCUCUGAUCACAACAGGGAAGGUCAGCAGUGCCCAGGACACCCAGGAGACCACAUACCUGGAUGAGGAUGAAGAUGAGGAUGACAAGGAAUCUGAGAAAAAGGGAUUAAUUGAAAGAAUCCACAUGGUGCAGGAUAUUGUUAUAACUGUUCAAAACAUCUUAGAAGAAAUAGCCUCAUUUGGAGAAAGAAUUAAAAACACAUUCAACUGGACAGUGCCUUUCCUGUCGGUCCUGGCCUGCUUAGUUAUGACAGCAGUGACAGUUAUUUUGUAUUUCAUACCAUUGAGGUACAUUGUUUUAAUCUGGGGCAUAAAUAAAUUUACUAAGAAGUUUAGAAAUCCCUAUGCCAUCGACAAUAAUGAGUUACUAGAUUUCCUCUCCAGGGUACCAUCUGAUGUUCAAAAGGUGCAGCGUGCUGAAUUGAAACCAUACAGCAGCUCCAGUCCCCUCAGGAAGAAACGGAGUACUCUCUAGGAUGCAGACAGAUUUUGGAAUGCAACAUCCUCCUCCAUAUACACAUACAUACAUACAGUUUUUUCUCCCCACACCCUUUUUUUGGUUCAGAUCAACACUUUAAUACCUGCCAUGGGCCCAGGAUGGUUCCAUACAUUUUCUGAUGUGCACCUAUCCUGGGCUGCCUUUCUUUUUGGCGUAGAGGCCUCAUCCAACCAGAGCAGGGACGAAUUAGUGGGUGGAGAAGAGCACAAGUGCAUGUUCCAUUUUUUUACUUGGAUUAUUAGGGUAAGACCGAAUGUUGCAGCUCUCCUUGUUUGUAUGUAGCAAGAUAUAAUUCUGCCUAGUGUAGUAGAUCAGCUAAGCUGAUGUGAGGAGAUGCUCUGAACUAAUUUUUAACAUAUCCAACAGAUUUGCAUUAAGAUACGAGGCCUAUUCUUUCCUCAGUUAAAUCACAGUGCAUAGAAGGGUUUAAACUCUGAAUUAACAAGUCUUUGAUACCCUGCUUCUGUUCAAGCAGUGUAUAUUUUGAAAAGUUGUUAUCAUAAUUGCCAGAAACAGCUAGAAGCUCCCACAGUAUCUCAAUUUCAUCCAGCACUUGUGUUUUUAAAAACUGCUGUUAACUCCUUGAUGCCAGAAUUGCCUGACAUGAGGUCCAUUGCUGGCAAUGGACACACCAGGAUCCGCCAUUGUGAAAGGGUUAAGAGAAUUUGCGAACCUGAAAAGACUGUAUUUCUGACUUGCUAUUUAUAAUUCCAUCUCACCAGAUUUUUCAGCAUAACUGUUGCUUUUGUCUAAAUCUGGAGAUGUCAACACUACAACUCUCGAAGAAAAAUACUUUGUAGCCUUAAAGAUGCAACAUCUUGGGCAAGAGGAGAGCACUACGCCCAAAGCGGUGUUGUAAAUAUGUUGCUUUGCUGUAAUAGUUCUUAAACUUGGGUCCAUUGACCACCAAUGUUCUAUGGAGUCUUUCCUGGUGCCUUUCAGAAUGAAAUGGUAAGAGGUCCAAGCAAUGAAGAACUGGUGUUUUGAUAGUAGAGGUGAGUCCAUGAGAAAAUUUUAAUUCUCCCAAUUAUCUAAGUCCUUAUAUAACAUUUCUUGUCCACAGAACUCAAUGCAUUAUGAAGUUGGGUAACCAUUGUUUCCCAUUUCACAGAUGGGGAAAACUGAGGCACAGGGAGGCAAAAGUUUAUGCUGCUAAAUCACUUGAGGCGAUGUUGACUUGACUAGAACCUAAGUCUUGUGACACCCCUCAGCCCCCCAUCCACUGACCUGCCCUGAAGUGGUUCACAGAAUAAAGAAACCAGAGAACCACAGGAUACAGAUUACUUGAAAAUGCAUUAUUUAGAAAUAAAUCUGAUUAAUCAAUGGCUGUAAAUAUAGGCCUACCUUUAUUGGCAGACCUGUCUUGAACAGAGUUAUAUCAUGGUAGCCAGCACUGCCCCCUGCAAAAGAAAUGGGAUUGUGAUAGUGAAUGGAUUAUUACUCAGAUUCAGUAAUUUUCUAAUAGUUUAUUUUUCAAAGUUGUUUUAACAAUGUUUACAAUGCCUUCAUUGAAGGAGAGGAAAUUUUUUCAUACAAGAUUUAAUUUUAUAAACAAGGUAUUUCACUGGGAUCUCAUGUUGUAGGUAUAUGUGAAAGACUAGAAAAUAAAUUAGCCCUCAUUUAAAAAGGAAAUGUGUGCUGUGUAUAGUAUACAUACCUAUGUAUAUGCAUACAUAUAUAAUGUAUGUAUGUAUGUAUAUGCAUAUAUAUGUUUAUGUGUAUCCUUAUGUACAUGUGCACACACAUUUGGAUUGCAGUUAAAAAAUCUUCAAAGAAAAUGUUUAUGAAAACUGCCAAAGAUUCUAAAGCUUAUCUUGUGUCUGUUCUUUUUCAUUUUGUAUCUUUCCCGGUAUGUCUUUCUGGCUGAGUCAGAUCUCUGCAUGAUUUGAUUUACUUCAAGUUAAUGAAGCCGGUUGGAAAGAGCCUUGUAGAAAUUAUAAAAGCUCCAGUAAAUCUCCUAUUUGUACAAACAGUAGAUAUGCACCGACCCCUUUUGUUAAACCAGUUACUCAAUCUUCUGUGUAAACAAUGCCUCAUUGUCUCACUCUAAACUAUCAUCUAGUUUAUCAUACUGUCGUCUGUAAUUUUGUAAGGACCAAAGUCAGACAUUUUUAAACACAUGUGAGAUCUGUUCAUUUAUUUGAAUGAAAACAUUCAAAAGGAGCAAAAAUACCUUAUUUGAAUGGAAGGUGGGACCAAUAUUUUAAUAGUAUUUUUUUCUAUAGAAUUUUCCACAUGAACUGAUUGCUGUUCAGGAGACAGGGUAAUGUCUAUUUUUUUUAAAUGUAGGUAUGCUAAAUUUCAGACUAGUUUGUAUUAGAUUAUUAUGCUGGAGACACACAAACAUAAGAGUUUUGCUAUGUUCCAGUACCUAUAUAUGUUGCAAAGAGCUGUUUGUUAUGAUAAAUAUUUUGAAAUACAAUAAACAUUUGAUCUUAA